CAGACGGGCUCUUGCGCUCUUCCGCGGAGCAGAGACGCGGCCAUGAAUCUGGGGGACGGUUUAAAGCUUGAAACUGAAAUACUGGAUGGAAAACCUAGACUGAUAGUGGCUCCUUGUGUAAGUAAGUCGAAACCAGGCAUAAGGAUAUGUAAUAAAAACAAGAUUUUAAAAUACACGUCAAGAUCAAAACCAAAUGGGCAUAUUCUGAAAUCAGUGCAAACAUCCUGUGAGAAGAAUGAAUGUUUAACAAAACAGAAAACCGGAUCAGUGACCAAAGCUAGUAAACAUCCUGAAACUGUGAUGAUUACCAAGAAUUUAUCAAAAGGACCCUGUAAUAAAGAUGAUGCUUUUAUAAUGCAAAAAGACAAUACAAGUUCAAAGCCAGAUAAUGUCAGAAAUUCAGUUAAGAAACCUUUGGCAUCCAACAAGAAAUUUAAGAAGCAUUCUCUUUCUGUUGAGGAUCUAAGGGACAAUUUGGUAUGUUUAACACAAGAGCAGCUGGAGCAGAUUUUAAUGGCAGUAAAAGAAGGAACCCAAGGAGCCACUCAGGUUCUGGAUGAAAAGAAAGGAGAAACAAACACCAAAACUCUUGAUCAGACUUCAGAAGAACAUAUAAUGGGAUUGCUUCAGAAAGUUGGUGAUGCUCCAUCUCUUUCAAGUGAAAAUAGUUUCUGUUCAAAAAAAACCCAAGGAAUCUCUAGACAUGCUGAACAGAAAAUAAUAAUGAAUUCAUGGAAACCAGCUGACAUGUUCAGUACUCUAGGAGAACGAGAGUCGGAUAAAACCUUGUUAGAUGCUAAGAAAUCUCAGUGGAAGAAAGAACUAGAUGAACAAGUAGCUUUAAAGAAGAAACUAAAAGAAACUUUGGAAGCAGAGUCCAGAAACCACCAGAGGCAGGCAGUUGAUACAGUGAAAAGCUGCUUAGAAAAAAGACAAAACAGUCAUCAAGUAAAGAUGACAUCGUCAGACAACUUGUCUCCUGCAGCAGAAGACAUCCAUAGUCUUAGAACUUCAACCAUUGAGCCUAGUGAAACUUCUCCCAGUGUGUCCAGUAGUCGAACUGAACAGUUCUCCAGUUUCAGUUCUCCUGAUUUGCCAGCUGCUAUUCGAACAGCAUUUGUGCUAGGGGAAGCAACACCAGUAGAGCGUCCUUUUAGUGCUGUGAAACGUGAGCAACAGAAAAAAUGGCUUGAAGAGCUUGAUAAGCAAAAGGAAGCUGACAAACUACGAAAAAUGGAAGAAAAAUGUAAUUUUUUGAAG